AUGAGGAGAAACUUCACCUCAGUGACUGAGUUCAUCCUUCUGGGACUUACUAGCCGUGUGGAGCUUCAGCUUCUCCUUUUCGUGCUGUUUCUGGUGGUCUAUAUGGUCACAGUGGUAGGCAACCUGGGGAUGAUCCUGCUCAUCCAGGCCAAUGCCAGGCUGCACACACCCAUGUACUUUUUCCUGAGCCACUUGUCCUUUGUGGAUGUGUGCUUCUCUUCCAACGUGACCCCAAAGAUGCUCCAGAUUUUCAUUUCAGAGAGGAAAACUAUUUCCUAUUCUGCGUGCUUGGUCCAGUGUUACCUCUUCAUUGCCUUGGUCCACGUUGAGUUCUACAUCCUGGCUCUGAUGGCCUUUGAUCGGUAUAUGGCCAUCUGCAACCCUCUGCUCUAUGGUGGCAAGAUGUCCCAGAGCGUCUGCCGGUCCCUUGUCACUGUGCCUUAUGUGUAUGGAGCACUCACCGGGCUGAUGGAGACCAUGUGGACAUACACUCUGGCUUUCUGUGGCCACAAUGAAAUCAAUCACUUCUACUGUGCUGACCCACCUCUGAUCAAGCUGGCUUGUUCUGACACUUACCGCAAAGAAACCUCCAUGUACAUUGUAGCUGGAUUCAACCUCUCCCUCUCCCUGCUCAUCAUUCUCACCUCCUACCUGUAUAUUUUUCCUGCUAUUCUGAGGAUCAGCUCUACAGAAGGCAAGCACAAAGCUUUUUCCACCUGUGGCUCCCAUUUGACAGCUGUCACCGUAUUCUAUGCAACUCUCUUCUUCAUGUAUCUCAGACCCACUUCCGAAGAAUCUGUGGAACAAGGCAAAAUGGUGGCUGUGUUUUAUACCACAGUCAUUCCCAUGCUGAACCCUAUGAUUUACAGCUUGAGGAAUAAAGAUGUGAAAGAUGCAAUAAGCAAAGAACUGUCACGGAAAAAUGCCUUUUUCUAA